UCCUACAAAAGCCCACACCAGAUCACCCGAAACCUCCGAGAAAUUAAGCACUUAUCUCACCUACAACUAUUUUCUCAUCCACCGGAUGACCUAACCCAUCUCUCUCUCUCUCUCUCUCUCUCUCUCUCUCUAUUCUCCCCUUUUCAAACAAACAAACAAACAAACUCCGACGACGAUACCACCACCCCUCCCCUCUCUACCUCGCAACAUGUCUAAAAAUCCCACCUUUAUUAGUGGUUUAUCCUCCCUCGGAUAACCCGACCCCCACCUCUUCUCCCUCUCUCCGAUACGUGUCUACCUCCCAAUGCCUAAGAAUCUCGUCGUCUUCUUCUUCUCGCUGCUCCUCUCCGUCGCCGCCCAGCGAGAUGAGUUCGUGUACACCGGCUUCGGCAGCGGCAGCGGCGGCGCCAAUGGCGGCGGAGCGAACAUGAGCUUGAACGGCAUAGCGGAGAUCGAGGAUAGCGGGAUCCUGAGGCUAACCAAUGAGACGACCCGCCUCAUCGGCCACGCCUUCUAUCCGACGUCCCUCCGCUUCAAGAACGGCACGGACGGCGCCGUGUUCUCCUUCUCCACGGCGUUCGCCUUCGCCAUCGUGCCCGAGUACCCGAAGCUCGGGGGCCACGGCCUCGCCUUCACCAUAGCGACCUCCAAGGAGCUCGCGGGGGCGCUUCCGAGCCAGUACCUGGGGCUCCUCAACGCGAGCGACGUGGGCAACGCCACCAACCACGUCUUCGCCGUCGAGUUCGACACCGUCCAGGACUUCGAGUUCGGGGACAUCAACGACAACCACGUCGGCAUCGACCUCAACAACCUCGCCUCCAACGCCUCCGCCGCCGCCGCCUACUACGACGGCGACGGCGGGACGAAGAGCGACCUCAACCUCAAGAGCGGCGACACGAUCCAGGGAUGGGUCGACUACGACGGCGCCCGCAAGAUGCUGUACGUGGCCAUCUCCCCGUCCUCGACCAAGCCCAGCAAGCCCCUCCUCGCAUUCCCCGUGGACCUCGCCCCCAUACUGGAGGAGCGCAUGUACGCGGGCUUCUCCGCCUCCACGGGGUUGCUCGCGAGCUCCCAUUACCUGAUGGGGUGGAGCUUCAAGAUGAACGGCGCCGCCCAGUCGCUGGACCUGUCCUCGCUCCCCUCGCUCCCCCGCAGCAAGAAGAAGAACACCACCUUCAUCCUCGCCACCUCCUUCUCCGCCUUCGUCCUCCUCGUGGGCGCGGCCGCCGCGGGGGCCUACCUCUUCUACAAGGUGAAGAACGCGGACGUCGUCGAGCCGUGGGAGCUCUGCUACGGGCCCCACAGGUACUCCUACAAGGAGCUCAAGCGCGCCACGAGGGGGUUCAGGGACAAGCAGCUCCUGGGGUUCGGCGGGUUCGGGAAGGUGUACAAGGGGACGCUCCCCGGGUCGGGCGCGGGCGCGGGCGCGGAGGUGGCGGUGAAGCGGGUGUCGCACGAGUCGCGGCAGGGGAUCCGCGAGUUCGUGGCGGAGAUCGCGACCAUCGGGCGCCUCCGCCACCGCAACCUCGUCCAGCUCCAGGGCUGGUGCCGGCGCCGCGGCGACCUCCUCCUCGUCUACGACUACAUGCCCAACGGGAGCCUCGACAAGUACCUCUUCUGCGACGGCACGGAGGAGGACGAGGAGACCCAGAAGCGCGGCGGCGUGGGGGGGCGGCGGCGGCGCCUGCUGACGUGGGCGGAGCGGUUCCGGAUCCUGCGCGGGGUGGCGUCGGCGCUGCUCUACCUCCACGAGGAGUGGGAGCACGUGGUGGUCCACCGCGACGUGAAGGCGAGCAACGUGCUCCUCGACGCGGACCUCAACGGGCGCCUCGGCGACUUCGGCCUCGCCAAGCUCUACGAGCACGGGGCCAACCCGAGCACGACGCGCGUCGUGGGCACGCUCGGGUACCUGGCGCCCGAGAUGACCCGCACGGGGCGCGCCACCACCGCGUCCGACGUGUUCGCCUUCGGGGCGCUGGCGCUCGAGGCCGCGUGCGGGCGCCGCCCCAUCGACCCCAAGGCGGCGCCCGAGGAGCUCAUCCUCGUGGAGUGGGUCUGGGAGCGCUGGGCCGCGGGGAGGUGGGCGGAGACGGUGGACGCGCGGCUGGGCGGGGACUACGACCGGGACGAGGCCAUGGUCGCGAUCAAGGUGGGGCUCAUGUGCUCCCACCCCGCCGCGGCGGCGCGCCCCACCAUGAGGGAGGUGGUGCGCUACCUCGACGGCGGCGACGCGGCCGAGAUGCCGGAGAUUCGGAGCCCGCCGCCGCCGGGGUACGAGGGGGCCGGGAAGGGCCACGAGGGAUUCGACGACUUCGUCCACUCCUACCCCUCCUCCUCCUUCGAGAAGCUCUCCGCGUCCGCGAGCCCCGUCGCCGUGGGCGUGGGCGUGGGCGUGGGCGAGAGGGCCGCGGUGGGCCCCAUGGGGUACUCGCCCCUGGCCCAGUCGCAGCCGCACUCGGACGUGACUGCGUGAGGCACGUGUCUGAGGAGGUGCCCACCUGUCGACCCUGCCAGCUGGGGCCCAUCCAUCGCCCGCCCACAGGAAUACAGGAUCAUUCGUUCGUUUCCCACUCCCCAGAAUACAGAUGGGCAGUUUUUUAUUAAAAGAUUAUAUAUCGGCCCAAUGGGCCUAAUCAUUGUUCGGCGGGACCUACAGCUUAUGCUGAGCAUCAAGUAUAAAUCGAUGACAAUUGCUGCUGUAAUUACCGUAUCAUCACUUCCUUUUUAACUUUAUUUUGCGAGUGACGAAGCUAUUGUAAGUGUGAAUAAGCUUGUGCAUGUGCCUAAAGAUUCCGUGUCUUUUUAUUUUAAGUUUUCUUCUUCUUCUUC